UGUUUUUCCCCCUAACGUUCACGUGGAGUUACGUAAAAUGUUCAGGAAUAAUUAUCAGGGUGGAGCUGUGGUUGAGAUCUUCAGCGGACAGGGAAAAGACCCUGUAGCAAAAUGGAAACUCUGUGGUGGGCCGUCGGCCAUAUACAAGGAGUAUAAUAAAGAAGUCAAAGGAUUUGUUUACUGCCUGGAGGGAAGCAGCCAGACAGUCAAGAUGCAAAUGCCAGAGAGUGUGAAAAUGUCUCUUGGGCUUCUGCAAAGAUUCUUGGUCCUUCAAGUGAAUAUUCCUCAGUGCAAAGACUUUUCUAUUGAGCUGGCGAUAACUGAUUCAGAGCACCUGAAAAGAAGACUUCAUUUAUCAACAGUGCAUAAAGAGUUGUCUGUCACAAUUUUACAUGCAAAGAUACCUUUUGUGGGAUUGAAACGGAAUAUUUGGUCUACUUUGUGCCUCGACCUUGAAUCCUUCACUGCUGAACUGUUUAAAGGAUUUUUGACACUGGAUGGCAUCACUUUGUUUGCUACCUGUAAAGUCCGCAGAAUCUUCACCAUGAAAACAGAGCCUACAGGAAUGUCAGAUGAUGAUAUGUUUCUCAGUGGAGCUGGUCUCACGGACUUGAUCCCUCGCGGCUGCCAGUUCCCACCAGAUGUAAACCAUGUAACUCAGAUGUUUAACAUGGAGAAUCUGAAAAAGACAGAGAUGAGGACUGGCCUUGUGAAUUCUGACCGUGUUCGUGAUCAGUCUGGCACUGCCAGAUCAACCGGUUACCGACAAACCAGGCCCCAGGGUGUUUUACAAACAACCUCAGGCUCCAGGGCUUCAGGACCACCUCCACAAACUGGAAGAAAAAGCAGUGCAGCCUCAGACGGAAUGGAUAGAAAUGUACUCUUUAUCUCAAAUACGGGAUCCCCAUUCAGUAGAGGGAACCAAAAAGUCUCCACUGAAAGUCAGAGCAUUGCCAAACUGAGUGAGAAUUUAUCAGACGGAGAGCCGUCCCUCAUUGUUCAUGGAGGAACACCUGGCGGGUUACAGCCUCAUCCGCCAACAGACAAGCAGGGAUCAAGGAAGCUGCAGGUCCUCAGUGCUGGGAGAGAGAGGCUAGCAUCAUCAGAUGAGGUCAUUGCUGCAGAGGAAAGUUCCAGAGCUGCUCUCAACCCAGCAGAGUGUCUCUCCUGCUCGAUCUGUCCAGGUUUGUCUUCUGACCUGCAGGUCUGGAGCAGCUGGGAGAGUAAUGAGGGGUCUGAGCCCCAACUCACUCUGCAAGAGGAGGUGUUCAUUUUCUCAUCCCAGCCUCACUCACCCAAACGAGGGCAAGGCCAGGGUGACCAGGAGAAGAUGGAGAUGGGAGAUGACCAGGUUCAGAGCAAGAGUAGGAGGCGGUAUGAGGCUCAGCCUGAAGAUGACUUUAUCGGCAGUGAAAGUGAUGAGGAUAAGAGCUAUGCCACGUUCCAGCAACAAAGAACUAGCGUUGAGUCCAACCCUGCUACUCCCAGAAAUCCUGAUCCAACUUUGAAUGUCCAUCCUGAAUCUCAUAAGAUGAGCCAAACUUCGCUAAAAGAGCUUGGUUCAGCCACCACCAAUACUCAGUCUCCAUCCAGUGGGAGAGCUGAAGUAGCUGGGAUGGUCCCUACACGCUGCCUCUCUCCCAGUGCGAGACUGAGCAGACUGGAACACAAGUGUGGCCCGUGUGGAUCAGAGGUAAUGAAACAGGUUCUGGAUGGGAACAGCAGUGUAACACUUUCUAGGAGACUCCUGCAAGAAGUCAAAUUGGCUGACUCUCCGCAGCACGAGGAAGAAGAAGAUGAGAAACUGGAGCCUGUUGAUUCCAGUCAUUACGACUCACACCUGCUUGGCAGUCUAAGGAUGCAUGGGGAUGAUGAUGAGGAGCUCCGAAUGCUGGCAAGCCUAAAAAGGGAGCAGGAGGAAGAUGAGUGUAGAGCCUCGGGCCUCAGUGCAUCUCAGAUCCACCAGUGUAAUGUCAGCAUCAGUAUGAGCAGUGACGACGCCUCGACUUGGACCCACAUCUCCAUGCCAGCUAAUCAGGGUCACCACUACCAAAAUGAAAUAAACCCCCUCCUACACUCAAAUCCCAGGGAGUGGAUGGACGUGCUUAGCCCUCCUAUUAUGCCUCCCAGCCAGCGGAGAAGGUCAGGGAACACAUGGAACAACAGGGAAUAUCAAGUCGAAGGAGAGGAUGAGCCUGUGAAUGAAGAGGGGAACAAGGACGAAUAUUUGAAUCUGCUCUAUGAUCCUUGCCUGAACUGCUACUUCGAUCCAAAGACGGGGAAGUACUAUGAACUAGCUUGACUCGAAGCUCAAGAGAAUCAGAAUUAAUAAAUUACAUGUCAUUGACUGUGGAUAAAUGGCUUCAGGAUUUUUUUUUUUUUUAGGCCUAGCUUAUUGAUCAGUACUGAAUAUCCUACUCACAAAAACCUUUUCAUGCUUUUUUGGGGGGAACUAACAGGAGCUUUGCAUCACUAUAAGUAGUGUCAUGUUAAGGGAGAUAGACUCAAUAAAUCAGAUACAAGCUUUUUGCAAGAAUUGAAGUUGCUGCCCAUUCACCAGCACAUCUGAUGGUAAAUGUCUUUUCAGUCUUAGCUAUCAAAUUGAUAUGAAAGCCCUCUGAUAGAACAUCCUAGAGCUUCUUUUCAUUAAAAUAUGACAUUGACAUCAUUUUUUUUUACAGUAUGAGGCCGUUUUGUUCUUUAUGAUAAUUUAA